AUGGGAUGUCCUCCAAACAAUCAAUACUACUAUACUUUACACCAGACACUCGUUUCUGUUAUCAUUCCUUCACUCACAAUGAAACUCAACAAUAUCACCCUUCUCCCCAGUCUCUCUUCGAUACCCACGAUCAUCCCCUCCCCAACGCCAAUCUCACCACCAAAGAACAACACGCUCUGCGACUGCUACAUAAUCUCCGGCCCGGACCCAGGCUACUUCACAAACUACCGCUUCUGGGACUUCCGCAACAUCCCCCUCGCAAAUGCCACUCAACCACCGGCCCCAGACCUCCUCGCACUAGACACUACGCUCCUCCUAUCCAACACGCCCUUCAUCAACGACUGGCUGCCCCAAACAUGGACCAAAACCGGAACAACGGAGCUCCUCCCCAUCACCAACGCCGAAACAAACGUAUUCAUUGCCCCAAACCCAGAUCCCCAGAGCUACGUCUCGCCAAACCCAACAUACCUCCUCCUCCAAACAACCCGGCACGCAGACCACGUCUCGACAGCCGAGAUCGAGUUCCUGAGAUGGAACAUCCUACACUGCUCACUCCGCGUGAGAAUGAGACUGAUGUCGAACGAAACUGCCCUCGGCCCCAGGAUCAUCCCUCCAUCCCCCAGAAAACCCGAAGAUAAGCACUGGGGCAAAGGACGACGACGAAAAGUCAGGCAUAACAUCGUUCCCAAGGGCGCCUGCGUUGGACUCUUCACAUACCAUUCCAAGACAUGCGAAUCAGAUAUCGAGAUCCUCACCUCCGAUCCACCAAAUGUGAUCCAUUAUUCCAAUCAGCCGGAUUACGAUCCCGUCUCGGAUACGGCUAUCCCCGGAGCGGGCUCCAUGGUGAAUCUUUCUGUGCCGUGGACGGCGUGGUCGACGCAUCGCUUGGAUUGGUUUCCGGAUAUGUCACGUUGGUAUGCUGGGGAGGCUUUGCAGGCGGUUAAGGCUUAUGGUGUGCCGCGGGAGCCGAGUACUUUGGUUCUGAAUUUGUGGAGUGAUGGGGGGAAUUGGACGGGGAAUUUGAGGACUGGGGAGUCGGUGUUCUUGGGAGUUGAGUGGAUUGAGAUGGCGUUUAAUGUUUCUUCGGUGGCUGGGGGGUCUGUUGGCCCUGGUGAGAGCCUGACGAGGUCGAGAGGUAGGGCGGUUCGGAGGGCUGAUUUAGGACCUAUUGAUAGUGAUGUGAGCAGGGCUAGGAGCAAGACGGUAGAUGGUGAGAUUCCGAAGCAAGAGAAUAUAAAGAAAGGGGAUAAAGUUGGGUGUCGAAAAGCGUGUUAUAUAUGCAAUCGACAUCUUUACAACGGAGACACGGUGCCCUUGCAGGUAUUCACAUUGCUCUAG